CUUCUCUCCGGUUUAAUACAGGCCGAAACCACCGCUCCAACUGCCCUCGGAGAGCCUCCUUCCCACUACCACACCUCACACCCUCACCCUCCUCAACCCCUACCAAACUAGCACAGCCUCUCCAUAACUGCCGCUGCUGCUCCUCCUCCUCCUCCCGGACCCGGAGCUGCCAUUCUCCGUCGAUCUCCUCCAGCCUCCGGCGCCGCCUCGCUCGCCCAUGGCCUCGGGGUCGAACCCGGACAGCAUGGACACCGACCCUCCCGGCGGCCUCUCCAUCGCCGUCGAGCGCAACCCGCCGGAGUCCCGCCUGCUCCAGCUCGGCGUCAAGUCCUGGCCCAAGUGGGGUUGCCCGACGGGGAAGUUCCCGGUGAAGUUCGACGCGCGGCAGACGUGCUACCUGCUCAAGGGCAAGGUGCGGGCGCACAUCAAGGGGUCGUCGGAGUGCGUGGAGUUCGGCGCCGGCGACCUCGUCGUCUUCCCCAAGGGGCUCAGCUGCACCUGGGACGUCGUCGCCGCCGUCGACAAGUACUACAAGUUCGACUCGUCCUGACUCAUCAGAUUGCUCGUCGCGCGCGGGUUCCGCUGAUUGAUGGUGAUCCGCCUAUUGGUUUACUGGGCUGCGUGUGUCCUAGCUUAAUUGCGUUGCUGAUUAGCCUAAUUCUGCUGCUGCUAAUUUGCUUACCUAGCUUUGCGGUUGUGUCUAUCCCUAAUCGUCUUUUCUGUGUCGUGUAAAAAAAUUGGAGGUGCAGGGCAUCUAGCCCCUGCUGCGUAGGCCAGUGGUUACUCAUCCGGGAACUGCAACAAAUCCGGUCAAUGCAGGAGCUGUUCAAAGUAUUCUUGUUUAUUCCUCCAAGUGCAAUCCAUUUUGAAUGCUUCUUUGACCA